AUGGUCAGUGCGAUCAUCAUGUUUGACGUCACCUCAAGGCUCACCUACAAGAAUGUUCCCACCUGGCACAGGGACAUCAGCUGGGUGUGUGAGAACAUCCUGGUUGUCCUGUGCGGCAACAAGGUGAAUGUGAAGAACCGGCAGGUGAAAGCCAAGUCGGUGACUUACCACAGGAAGGAGUACUACUUUGAGAAGCCUUUUCUCUACCUUGCAAGGAAGAUCGCAGGGAACAUGGACCUCAAGUUCGUCGAAGAGAUAGCCCUCGUCCCUGCUGACGUGACCAUCGACGUUGCUGCGCAACAAAAGAUUGACAAAGAGAUCGAACUUGCUGCAGCGAUUCCCCUGCCGGAUGGGUACGAUGAUAACAUGUAG